UAAGCAUUACAUAUAUAAAGAGUGAAUAAGCUUUACAACUGCCAAAUGGGUCCAUAUUUUUCCAGAUCAACUCCUUUUUCAUACUAAAAUUCAAAGCUUUUCUCUCUAAAGGACACAAUCCGAGUCCGCUGCUUCUUUCACCUCCUCAACACCCCCCCCCCCCCCCCCCAAAACCGAACCCCCAACACCCCCCAAGUUCUUCUUCAUUUUGCUUUCUUGAAUUUUCCUUAAUAUAUAUAUAUAUAUAUAUAUAUAUAUAUAGGGUUUGAACCAAAAUUACUGAAUUUUUAAUAAUAUAUAUACGUUAUAUCUGCUUUUGUUUCUGUUGGCUUUGUUGAAAUGGAGGAUCAGUAUGGAAUGGCAGAUCUAAGACAGUACAUGAACGGAGGGCGGCCACUUUUCCCAGAGUUGUUACCUGCUACUUCUCACCAGCACCAACAACGGAAUCUCGGGGCAAGCCACCACCAUCAGUACGAGAUGGUGAUGGGUAUGGCCCCAGUUCCGGCUCACGUGCUUCCUCAUCACCAGCACCAACACCAACACCAGCAACACGAGUUUCUUGGUGAUUCAAGUACAACUGCUGCUGCUGCUGCAGGUACUACUACAACAGCUGCAUCAAGUGGUGGAUUUAGCGGGCUCGAUCAAAUGGAGGCUGGUGGUGCUGGUGCUGGCGGAGAUGGAAGUGGACGGUGGCCCAGACAAGAGACACUUACACUACUUGAAAUCAGAUCAAGAUUGGAUUCUAAGUUCAAAGAAGCUAAUCAAAAAGGUCCCUUGUGGGAUGAAGUUUCCAGGAUUAUGUCCGAGGAACAUGGAUACCAAAGGACUGGAAAGAAGUGCAGAGAGAAAUUUGAGAACUUGUACAAGUACUACAAGAAGACCAAAGAAGGGAAAGCUGGAAGACAAGAUGGUAAACACUAUCGAUUUUUUCGACAACUCGAAGCUUUAUAUGGUGAAACAAGCAAUAACAUUUCAGCCUCAGCUUCUGAAGCUCACCACCUCGGAAGUCAUUUUCCUUACAAUCCCGUUAACAACAACAAUCAAGAUCCUCAUAAUUUCCAUCACCAAGCUCCUAAGUUGUCUGAUAGCCUAAGUCUGUCUAAUUCUUCUGAAUUCAACACGAGUUCGUCUGAUGAUAGUGAUUUGAAUGAAAAUUCGAAAGACAAGAUGAGCAAGAAGAGAAGGGGGAAAAGGAGCUUAAAGGCGAAGAUAAAAGACUUCAUUGAUGGACAAAUGAGGAAGUUAAUGGAGAAACAAGAAGCAUGGUUGGAGAAAAUGAUGAAGAUGAUUGAGCAUAAAGAACAAGAAAGGAUAUUAAGGGAAGAAGAAUGGAGGAAUCAAGAGACGAUUCGUAUGGAAAGGGAGCAAAAAUUUUGGGCUAAUGAGAGAGCGUGGAUUGAAGCACGCGAUGCUGCUUUGAUGGAGGCUGUGCACAAGUUGAGCGGUAAAGAUUUGAAUAGUCCUAGUACUAAUUCACGUCCUCCUGAUGAAGAAAUAGUUACAAUUCGCGGUCUGAAUGAUCAAAAUGACAAUAGACACGAAGAUGUGACAGACAGUCUGAAAGAUGAUAUUGAUCAACAUUGGCCUGAAAGUGAAAUUACUAGGUUAAUACAACUUAGGACUAGCAUGGAAUCAAGAUUUCAACAAAUUGGUAUUGGAGAUGAUCAUGCUUUAUGGGAAGAAAUAGGUGCAGAAAUGGCUAUUUUGGGGUAUGAUAGAGGUGCUACAAGGUGCAAGAAUAAAUGGGGUAGCAUCAAUAGUUACAUUAUGAAGUGCAACAAGAAAAGAAAAGAGAAUUCUACAAGUUCAUGUUACAAUAAUAAUGUCCAGAUCAACAAUCAAUAUUAUGAAGCUGAUGGAUCAUCAUGUUUUAGGUACUUAAUGGGAGACGCUGAUCACCAAAACUUAUGGGAGAAUUAUGAACUGAAAUUAAGCAAAGGUGGUGGCGGCAAUAACUGAUGAUGUGUACUCACAAGUAGUACAAGAAAGUUUGUGAGUUUUUUUAAAUUUCAGCUCAAGAGAUCAAAAGUGGCUAAAAAGAAUUUAAGAUUGGUUGACAGUUUAAUUUGUCUUGGGAGGUAAGUGGUUUGUUUUUACUGAGGUUGCUAACUGUGUCUUGUGGAACAUAUAUUGAUUUGAAGUUAACUGGUCCUAGGUAGGAGAUGAUCAAUUUGGCUACCUAAUUUUUACUAUUUUAUCAGAUGUUAUAUUUAUAUUUACCUAAUUUUGUAUUCAAAGUAUUGGUUUGAUGUGGUUCUCUUCA